UUGAUUUCAAUUUAUGCAGUAAAUUAUAGUGUACUUGUAUUGGCUAAUAAAAGAAUAAAUUGUAAGCCAACAGAAUUAUUUUAAACUUUAAAAUGAUUGGACGACUUGUUUAAGUAUUUCUCUACUUUUGAUCAUAGAUGGAGCGAAUUGGACAAAAAUUUUUUGGCAACCCUGUAUACGCUAACCUGACUACAACCUAUUGCACCUACUGUUAUUGAAUUGCUCUCAUAUUAUAAACACGUGCCUAUAAAGUGUAAUGCAAGUGAACGAUGUAACUAUUGUAAUAUAGAAAUUUUUAAUAAUUAAAUAAUUUAAUUACAUUAUUUGAUUAGAAAAAGUUGAAUGUCAUUUGAGUGAGUCUCAAGUAUUAUAAAAAUAUUUUAUUUGUAACCUAUAUAAAUAAUAGCCGGUACAACGGACUGAAAAUUUUUUGUGUAUAUUAUACAUCGAGUCUCGUUGUGAGACCUAUUAGUGUCUCUCACAUUAAUGAGAGUUGAAUUGCAAAAAAGAAAAUGAAUAGAUUUGUUAUUCAACAUUAAUUUCGUGUGUGAUAAAUUUAACGUGUAAUAAAAAAAAUUAUUUAUUUGUUGUGAGUUAUAAGUAACAAAAUUUAAAUUGAACAUGAAGCGAGGCCCAUACAAAUCGUACCUGGAGCCCGGUGGUGAUGGCAUUAUGCCUCGAUCAACAUUCUACGACACAUUAAAAAAGUUUCGGUGUGAUGCUAUAGAUGGAGAUAAUCAAACUAUAAGUCAACACGUUGGUGAUGAUGAUACGCAUGCGACCGCACCACAGCCUCACAACGCAAACGUCACAAAUGACAAUUUUUCUUCAAUUAAAUCUACGACUGAAACUGAUACUCCUCUUAUCAAUCAGCAAACGUCAACUUCCAUACAUUCUGAAUUUAAUUUUUGGCUUGAUGAAGAUGACGAUGAAGAAUCUUUAAGUAGAGAAAUCUGGUUUGACGCCGAAGAUUCAUCAUUUGCAGAAGAUUUCCACAUGAAUGAUAGCGACACUAAUCAGACUUCUUUUGAACGUACUGCUGAUGAUGCGUACAGUAAACCGCUCUGUUCUUGUACAUCGAUUACCCGUGGAGAAGUAUUGAUGAUGAUACUACUGCUUGGUGCUCAGGAGUCGUUAACAUGGAAGACAAUAACAAGUAUUUUGUCCAUGAUCAAUUCAAUAUUUGGAGAUAAUGUCGUUCCAUCGACAAAAUUUAAACUAUUUCAAGAGUUACAAUUGGAAGAGUCUAAUUCCUCUCGUCAUUUGUACUGUAAUAAAUGUUUUUUCUACUUUGGUGUUCAUUCUACUUCAAGGAGUGAAGAGUAUAUUUGUCCAAUAUGUAAAGAAAAGUUCAGCCCAUCAAAUGUACCAUUUUUUUUAACUUUGAAUUUUUCUAAUCAAUUGAAACAAAUACUUGAGAGACCUGAAGUUCAAGAAGAGCUAUUGAAUCAAAAUGAACGUGAUGUUGAUGACGAGGAAAAUGUAAUAAAAAACAUAACUGAUGGAAAAAUUUAUAAACAGUUAUCGCAGUCGGGACCGAUGAAUGUUUUAUCUGAUAAAUACAAUUUAUCCUAUACUUUCAAUACAGAUGGCUGUCAAGCAGCAAAAUCUAGUAAACUCUCAAUUUGGCCAAUUUACGCAUCAAUAAAUGAAUUGUCACCAAAAUUAAAAUCAAAAUAUUUGAUAAUGACUGGUCUUUGGGUAGAUAAAGUUGAGCCUGAUAUGAACCUAUUCUUGAAACCAUUUGUGGAUGAAGCUAAUGAUUUGUCUAGUAAAGGUUUGAGGUGGAAGUUAGGUGAAGAAACUAUAACUAGUAAAUUUAUUCCACUUUGCGCCUGUUUUGAUUCAGUAGCUCGAUGUAAAGUACUGAAUAUGAAGCAGUACAAUGGUAAAUAUGGGUGCACUUUUUGUGAACACCCUACGAAAUGUAUUGAAAAAUUUUGUAAAUAUCCAAUGCUUACGGAUGUACCAACAGAAAGAACAGAUGAAUCUGUAAAAAACCAAAUGGUAUUGGCGAGUGCAAAAGAGUACGGUGAGGAUGUAAAAGGUGUUUUGGGUCCUUCACAAUUAAUGAAUCUCGACUACUUUGACUUAGUUGGCGGAAUGUCUCCUGAUUAUUUGCACUCAGUGUUACUUGGAGUUGUAAAACAACACACAGAAUUAUUAUUAUGUUCAUUUGGAAAACCAUAUUACAUAGGAAAUCCUAACCAAUUGGCAGCGAUAAAUGAAAUUUUAUUGAAGUUUAAACACCCGUCAUCAAUAUCACGAUCACCUCGAGAUAUAACUGAAAGAAACAUGUGGAAAGCUACGGAAUGGCGUUCUUGGUUAAUAUUUUACUCAUUACCGUGCUUAAAAAAACUACUUCCGCAUAAAUACUUGGAUCACUUGGCGUUAUUAGUCGAAGGUAUUACCAUUCUAUUGGAAGAAAAAAUUUCAAGUCAUAUGCUGGAAACUGCAGAUAAGCUACUGAUCCGAUAUAUUUGUUACUAUGAAGAAUAUUUUGGUGAAGAGAAAAUGACUUAUAAUAUACAUUUGCUUUUACACAUGGCAAAAAGUGUAGUUAACCUAGGUCCAUUAUGGGCCCACAAUACUUUUCCUUUUGAAAAUGAAAAUCACUUCAUUUUGAAAUUGAAAAAAAGUCCAAAUCACGUAUGUUUGCAAAUUGCAAGAAAAUAUUUAUUUCACAAAUCAAUUCCAGUUUUAAGUGACCGGUUUGAACUGGGUAAUGAAUUUCAGAAAUUUUGUGAACGAAACUUGACAGGUAGACUUAAACAUAUAUUCAAAAUUGAUGACUGCGUUUUAGUAGGGAAAGGUAGAAAAUAUAACUUAAGUGACUUGGAAUCAAAAGCAAUCGGUUUUACGCCUACAAAAUGCAAAGUAUAUAACAGAUUCAUUCAUAAAGGAAACCGUUAUACUUCUCAGAACUAUCGAUUAUGUCAAAAAAUAAAUGACACU